UGGCAGAGGUGAGGAGGACGCGAGGCGGAGCCCUGUCCCUGUCCUUGUCCCUGUCUCCGGGCACAGCCUGCAGGGGGAGAUGCAGCCUCUGCUCCGGCGUCCUCCCUCCUUUCUCCUGCUGGACCCCAGCGGAAGAGAGUGCUUCUCCAUCGCCAGAACUGCCUACUAGAUCAGGUCCUACCUCAGAGAAAACCACAGAAGAAACACAGAAGAGGAGAUUGAAUGAAAUCCUCACGAUCAUUACAUGCUUGUUCAAUAAUAGCACACCCCAGUCACGUCUCCUCGCAAGCACAUUUCGUUGGAAUCGCUGAGCAGAAGCAAAGAGGAGCUGACGACUAUGUGUUUCCAACGCGGGUUGCCGGCGCCCUGUGUUUGCCAUUGGCUGCAGUUUUCUGGUUUAUUUGCAGCUUCCCCCAUCUGGAAUAUGAAAAUGGGAUUGAAGUAGAUAAUUGCUAGCAGCGGGUUUUCGAGAGAGGCUUAGAGGGAGCAGAAUGCCUUUCGCACAGCACAGCCUGCCUGCGCUGGAAGAGCUCUGAGAGAUGAUUUUAGAUGUUCCCCACGUCUGAAUCUCCUGGAAACUUUACCGUGGAAGCGAGCCAUUGCGCACAAUCCUGGAGCUCACAUCCAAAAGGGGCAAGGAAGGGGCAGCAGGGCCGAACAAUGGGAUACGUUGUCCUUGGAUUGCUCAGAGAAAAGCCAGCAAACGUUCCCCUCGGCUUCCCAGCAAAAAGGGCGUGAAGGGGACAAUGAACUGAAUUUUUCCCGGCGGAGCUUCAGUGGUCUUUCAGAAGGAUGGGAUACACUGACCCUUCGUCAAGCAGGGAUUUGCUGGGAAACAGAACUUUGUUCUUCAUAUUCAUCUGCGCCUUUGCCGUGGUCACCUUGCUGCAGCAGAUCCUCUACGGGAGAAACUAUCUCAAAAGAGGGCUGCAGUUUAGCUGGCAGAAUGGAGAGGAGUUGGCAAAUUGGACCGGCACCUUUAAUUUCACGGAUGACGGAGCAGUGAAGAGUGGCAGUGACACAGGCACCAGGUAUUUUGAGUUUUAUGAAGGGCCUUUGGAAUACAACUCCACCAAAUGCCUGGAAUUACGACAGGACAUCAUUGAGGUGAAGGUUUUGUCUAUGGUGAAACAAACUGAAUUGUUUGACAGGUGGAAGAGCCUACAGAUGUGCAAAUGGGAGAUGAAUGUCACAGAAGCUAACCUAUUCAAGUCUACUUUGUCAAGGUGUUGCAAUGCCCCUGCCUUUCUGUUCACCACCCAGAAGAAUACUCCCUUGGGAACUAAACUGAAAUAUGAAGUGGAUACUAGUGGAAUCUUCCAUAUCAACCAAGAAAUCUUCAAAAUGUUUCCAAAGGAUAUGCCAUACCACCGCUCCCAGUUUAAGAAAUGUGCAGUGGUCGGGAAUGGAGGAAUUCUGAAGAACAGCAGAUGUGGCCGAGAGAUUGACAGUGCAGACUUUGUGUUUCGAUGCAAUUUGCCUCCUAUAUCUGAGAAAUACUUCACAGACGUUGGGGUAAAGACGGACAUUGUGACAGUCAAUCCCAGUAUAAUUACAGAGAGAUUUCAUAAGCUGGAGAAAUGGAGGAAGCCUUUCUAUGAUGUGCUGCAGGUCUACGAAAACGCCUCUGUGCUGCUGCCGGCUUUCUACAACACCCGCAACACGGAUGUCUCGAUCCGGGUCAAAUACGUCCUGGAUGAUUUUGAAUCUCAGCAAGCUGUUUACUACUUUCAUCCCCAGUAUCUCAUCAAUGUCUCUCGCUACUGGCUUGGCCAAGGGGUGCGGGCCAAGCGGAUUAGCACGGGACUGAUCCUGGUGACUGCUGCCCUGGAGCUCUGUGAAGAGGUCCACCUCUUUGGCUUUUGGGCCUUCCCCAUGAACCCCUCAGGAAUUUUUAUAACUCACCACUACUAUGACAAUGUGAAACCUCGCCCUGGUUUUCAUGCUAUGCCUUCAGAAAUCUUCAACUUUCUUCACAUGCAUAGCAAGGGGAUCCUGCGGGUUCAUACAGGGACCUGUAGCUGCUGUUGACAAAGACACUUCUUCGUCUGAUGCAACAGUGCAACAGGAACUCAAAACCCCUGUAUGGUGUAGGAGGUUUUAUUACACCCUGAGAUUAUGCAAUAAUUGUUUGAUACAAAUUUCCUCAAGGCAUUGCAUCCCAUAGGAUCUAGGAUACCAGCAUCCUUCCUGCUAGCAGAGUUGGGUCCGUAACUGUGUGGGUGAAGCAGAACUCCUCUGCCCCAGGGUAUGCGCUACCCUGGAAAGCAAGUCGGAUAAGAAGCACAUUUCCAAUAGGUUUAGAGAUAUACAGAGCACAUAAAUAUAGUUAUCAUUUCACUAUGAAGAAAAGCACCAAACUUUUGAGGAGAAUCGGUGGUGGAGAAUUUUAGCAUACUAUAUGACUUUACAUAAGUUUCUGAGUCGAGUACCUUGGGGCAUUGCCAGAUUUUAUUGAAAGCACUGUUCUCUGGCAUUUGGGUUUUUGAAAAUAUUCUUUAGCAUUAUAGUUUUAAGGGCAAUUGUAUAACUUGAGGUCUUUGUUCUGUAAUGUCAGAAAGUAUUGGUGAAAAAUAGCAGAUAGAUUUGAUAGGAACGAACAAGGUCACUUUAUGAAAUUAUUCAGCUGGGAUAGAAGAGAAUGUUAAGCUCCCAUUCUCUGCAACAGGUAACUGUGUUGAUCAUGAUGUCUAAUUGUUUUAGAGCUUCUUUCUUCUUCUUUCCUGUGUCUUACAUUUCUGGUCUUCUCUGUUGAUAACGUUUUCUUUCUCAUUGCCUGUAAUGCUUUCCUUCUCGCUAACGUAUGUGCAAUGUGUGCACUUUCUCCUACAGUGACCAUCGCAGCUUCAGUUUGAAGUCUUUACUGAAGAAAUGUGAUUCUUCACACUUCUGCGACCUUUUCUUGGGCUAAAUGACAAGGAGAUUAUGCUGGUUAGAUGUUCUGGGUUGAUUUUUGGUUCAAAUAUCACAGCAUUGGAUAGAAAAAGCAUUUCCUCUUCAAUUUUAUUAAAGACUUUGUGAGAGAAUCUGAUGUUGAUCUGCUGUUGUGCAGGUUGAGUUACAUAUUUUCAGGUAUCUGUGAUAAGUACUUGCAGGACAUGAAGUUAAAAGCCAGAGAAGAUACUUUGUGGCUGGGAGUAUGAUGCUUAUUUUAAAAUUAUGCAUUUCAAGACCUCAGGUGUCUUAAUGUGGCAUUUAUUUGUGUUGAGAAUGUUACUAGGAUGAUAAAAGGGCUGGUGUAUUCUAUAAAAGGUUACCAAUGUAACUCAGUUAUGUCAAGCUUGAUUUUCCACCUCCACAGUUAAACUGGCAAAAUCCUGACUCAGAAGAAAUGCCACAUGCUGUCAGAGUUUAUUUUGGCUGCUGAACCACGGUGUAGUAGGCUGCUGGCAUAUGCCCUUUGAUAUCGGUAUAACUACGUACGCAGGAUGGUGAGGUUUGCUGUUUCAGCUGUGCUGGCAUAAUUAAAAUGAGCAGAGUUUCCUCGUGUAAGUUGUUAGUCUGAAGCACUUGGGCUGUUGUCCAGUGCCUUGUCUUGUCUUAUUUAAAUUACAAGGAUUUGGGAUUUAAAGUGCUCAUCCUCUGUGAGGGAUGCUUUUCUGUUUUGGGUGGGUGUUUGAAUCCAAAAAGGACUUGGAUUUUGAUUUUGUAAUGCAUAAAUGCACAAAGCUUCUUUUAAAAGCCUCUGCGCUGUGCUGAGAGGUCUAGAAGUUGCUCACACUAUAGAUAAAGUGAUCUAAAAGGAACUGAAGCACGAUGGUCACCAUUUCAAAAGUCCCUACUGACCAGCAGUGGCUGGGAUGGUAUGCAAGGGUCUGUAUUUCUUUUACACUAGACUCCAGAGGUCUGAUUACUUUAAAAGCAAGCCAUGUUCUUGGUAAAAGAGUCAGAGCUCACUUGGGAAAUACCAGCCAGGAGUAGGUGAAGGGCCUGUGCUUAAGCUUUAUGUAUUUGUGUUGUGCUUUUGGUCUUGUUGUGCUGCGUGUUGGUGAGCACCACCUCGUAUCAGAUAGCUGUGAGGUGUGCAGCGCGCUGAGGAUGCAUUUGUAGAUGAAAUGGUUUCCUUGAUUUAAUAUGCAAAAGAGAUCUUUGUCUUUGCUGUGUUUUGUAAAUUAAUGUGAAAAGGGCUUUGAUAAUGAAGUGCUGUAACAGAAGUGCUGUGUAGAGAGCAACGUGACCCGUAGGUUGGCCAUUUUGCUGUGUAUUAAGCUUUAUGAUAACAGGAAUGAUGCUGAAGCUGGUACGUAGAGCCCUUACUUCUUACUCUUCCUGAGUAAGGGUCUGGUAGUGUCUUCAGUAUUGCUUUGCUGCUGCUGCUUUGCUAAGGAUAUGUUCUUUGGUAAAGGUUUUUCUUCGCUAUGUUGAUUGAAGCGAACAAAAGCAUCUGAAAGGAGUCUGAUCUGUUGAAAGAGACACUUCAAAAAGAAGGGAAGGCACUUGAGAAGCAUUGGUAUGUUGGAAAAUAGCGGUGCAAAUCCCUGAUUAGUUGCAAAAAUCUUUUUGGACUUUUUGGAUAGACAAAAGGAUAAGCAAAACUGUAAUUAUGGCUAUCCUGUAAUUACAGGGACACAGACAUUUCCUUUCCUUUGUUUGCUUCAUAUAAAUGAGCAAUGUAAAUUCACCUAGGCGAUACUGUAAUAAGUGCAGUUUUACUGUGUUUAGAUUUUGAUGGGUUACAAGUCUAUAACUACUAUAUUUUUUUAAUGAUGUUAAAAAUGUCUGUGCAGGAUACUUGCACAUGUGCACCAAAGGCCCAAUCCUGCAACAUUUAUCUGAAAAGAGCUCCCAUUCAAGUGGAUGGGUAUUUUAUUUGUGUAGGGACUGCAGAAACAGGCCCAGACGUGCCUGUGACGGUGUACAUAGGUGUAUAAUUAGAUGUAGGGAGCGAUUAGCAAGCCAGAAAGAUACUUAAAGAAAUAUCUAUAAAAUAUGAAGUGCAUGUUGCGGCGUGUUUACUUUCUGAUUCGCUUUUCAGGUGUUGCUCGAAAACUGGUUGAAAAAUGACGGCAUUUUUGUCAGAAAUGCCGUAUGCGGAAGCUUUCAGGUUUUUCUUGGCUUCCUUGCCUCACAGUGGGCACUGCAAGCUCAGAUCCCUGCUGUCCUGUGUGCAGGAGCGAGGGCUGAGGAUGGAAAUAGUACCCGGGAGGUUUCAGCUGUGCAGAGAUUGCUUCUUGUGCAAUGUCACCGUGGGGUGGCUGAUCCGGCACUGACCAGCCUGAGCUUCUGCCCAUCCUGCUGAAAUGGACGACGAGAAGGGCUGUUGCAGAAAGAAGGAAGAACCCUCCUUAUUUUUUGCCAUUAGUAGUUUUUUUUGUUUGUCUGUUUUUGUUUUUUGAUGUCAGUAAUUUAACUGAGUUUGAGGCUAUUUUGUUUCCUUCCUCCCAUAUGGUCAAAACUCCAAAUGUUCAAUCUUAACCUUUUUUUCCAAAGAACCUGUUCAAAAGCCUGUGCUCUUAGUCAUAUGGUCUGAGUUUUUGGGUAGACCAGUGUGGAGCCAGGAGUUGGACUCGAUGAUCCUUAUAGGAAUCAAUCCCCUGAUGCAAAAAUCUGAUCUGUCCAAGAAGAAACGCUGUCAUCUCCCUGGUACCUCAUCCUGAGCUCAGGCUGUAAUCCCGGCUCUGUUGAGAAUAUGAGAUCUGAGACAGGGAGAGAAAAAAUUACAAUAUUAUGGUUUAAUCACUGACUCCUGGUAGUAUUUAUGAGAAUCUCUUAAGAAGCUCCUGAGAUCUUCAUACACUGGCAAUGCAAAUUCAGUCAGAAAAACAUAGCUAGGCCUGCUUCUCCUUGAUUGUCAGGUCGGCGGAGGAGGCUUAUGAAUCCGCCAGUGCUUUCAUCAGAGGGAAGGAAGUAUUUAGUCAAAGUAGUUCAGCUGCUUGCUUUUGAUUUAUGGAAUCCAACUUUGCUGUCGGACAGAACAGAUUAAAUAGUGGUAGCUCCAUUAUAAUAUUUUAGCAUAUUUUCUGUGAUUGCAAUGGAGUUUUCAAAGCUAGUUCAGGAAUUGCAAAAGGGGAGCAAUGCCCUGGUGUCUUCUUCUGCUGGGACCUCUGGGAGGAGAGCCACCAUGGUGAGUAGGUCCGUGACCACCUGGAAAAACCACAUAAAGGGAAUUUGGGAGAUUGCAACCACAGCUCUGGUCCGAGCCUUUAGUGCUGUGGGGUAACACCACAGAGGUGACACAUGGAGCUUCAAAGCUUGCGAUGGCAAGGAGCAGCAACCCCAGUCCCCAGGAAAAAAUAUCCCUGUGCAGGCUCGAAAUUGGCAAGAAAUUGAAGGUGGUGUUCACUCCAGAUGGCUGGAUGUGGUGGACGGAGGGGAGCAGCUCUAGGAACAGUUGGCUCUGUGGGGUUUGGUGAAUCAGUAGAAGGCCUGAGGCCUGAGGCACUCGUGGUGACAUAGCUUCGUGGGCAGGCUGCCCCUGCUUGGCUUGACGUGGCAGGAGGGAGCAAGCUCUGGUUAGCACGCGAGGCAAGAUGGGGAGGAUAAAAGAUGUGAAAUGAGAGGGAAUCUGUCCUUUUAAAUUGAGGCCUAGUGGCUUGUCAGCAAGGCUGUAAUUUUACGAGCUUGGGAAGUGAAAAUGGAAAGCUUGGGAAUGAUCCUUCCCCCUGUCUGGUUUGUAUCUCAGCAUGCAGAGAACUUCGAGGCUUUUACACAUACGUUGAGAAGGAAAUGUUGACAAUAUUUAGCAAUCCCUAGGGGCCAAAUUCCCUGGGAAAUUCUGGAGUGAGAUGAGGUUUCAGGAAUAAAGGAGGCAGUAUUUAUUCUUAAGGCCUUUUCCGAAAUCCAGUGAAAUCUAUGGAAAGUUCAGUGUACUUCAGAGAAAGCCUCCAAAAUGGACCCCGGUCGUGGGCAGGAAGAGCAGCCUCUAGUUUCUUACUUGUUUAAGAAUACAUUUUUUAAUAUAUUGUAGAUACGGUGCAGUAGCAAUACUGUGUUUUUAAUGGUGUGUGUCAAGAACAAACUUAUCUGGAAGCAGAAAUGUUGUGACUAUCACUCUCCCUUCCAGAUUUCUGCACUUUCCAUCUUUUCAAACUCAUCUAUGCAAAGCAUUUCAUCUUGGUAGUGUAAGUCACUGUGUGAGGCCACAGCGAACCCCCCGUACCCAGCUGUGUGUGUGUGAAUCACAUGCCUCAAGAGAAGAGGUUUUUUUUCAGCUUGCUUGGAAAUACCAGCAUGGAAUUUGUCAGCGAUGUGAACGCCGUGAAGGCAGGAUUCAGCCCGUUCCCUGUGAGGCCGUCACUGUUUGCAUUUGGCUUCACUAGGAAAGCAUCGGGUCCAAAGCUUGUAAGGCAAGCCAAUAACCUGCAUCUCCAAAAACCCACCCUCCCAGACUAUAAUCAUUUUAUGUCUUAAUGUCAUCCCGUCUAGUGUGGGUGAGGCUUCUGGACGUCGCCGUGUUGUCUGCAUGGGAUCCUAAACCAACAAGCAAUUGUACGUAAGUGCUUUUUCAACAAACCUUAGGGGAAACCCGAACGUACGCUAAGUGGGGGAGCCUGAGUCCCAGGCCUGAGCACCUGCAGCGCUCCCCAAAGCCCUCAGCAUGAGAAACAUCAGAAAUGUGGGACUGGGCCACGGUGGGAAGCUUCAAGAAAGACAGGGCUGCCUCACCGCUUCAAGGACUGAAAGCUGUAAAUAUGUUACUGACGUGUCUGACUUUCUCUUUAGAAGCCAUAAAUGUUCUUGGUGUUUGAUCUUUGGGUGAGUUGAUGUAUGUUUUUAACUGUACUAAUCACUGUAAAAUGUGUUAGCAUGUAAAAUGGUGACAAAUUAAGCCAGCAAAAUCAGAAACUGUGUUGGCUAGCUCUUGAAACGUCUGUUUUACCUGGAGCUGUCUGCAGUGGGAUGGGCCAAGACACUGAAAUGUCUCUGUUGCUCCCUAUAGCUUGUGCUGUAUGCCCCCCAUUUUCACCUGGUGGAAAACAAAUACUUUGGAAAUGCUGGAGCAAAACUGUGUCUUUGUGCAAAGAGAGCUUGGGCUAGUACAAAAAUAAAACUUGUUCCGUGAUUGUUAUUUUGGUAAGGCACUGACGGCAGGGGCGGACAAAUCCAAGAGGAGUCAUGGUAAUUUCAUGCUGAUGUUAAUGCCAUCGUGUCCAUUGAGUCACCUUUCUUUUUUCCAUCCUCGACCCUGUAAUUCUUGCUUACUGUUUCUGUAGCUGUAUUAUGGUUGUAAUAGAAAGCCUAUCAAUUGAUGUAAGCCAUAACUAAAGCAGUAAUCAGGGUAUCUUUUUUUUUUGGUCUGUGUCACUGUGUUUGAAAGAUGAUUUAAUUCUAUUGAAUAAACCACUUUAACAGUUUUAUGGGAA